GAGUGUGGAUACCAGGAGCUGCAGUCCCCGCUCUGAAGGAUAGAAAGGCUGCCGCACGGGCCUUCUCCCACGCUGCUGGAGACGUGGCCACCGCUCCUACCUCCAACGCAAGUAUUGGCUGGAGAACGCGGGCCUCUGGCGUAGGGAAGAAGGCUCCGGGGUGCUUUGCGGCCCUCCUCGCCCAGCACGUGGGAGCUAGUGCAGCCCAGUCCUACCUGUGCCAAGCCCGGGUAGCAGGCGGGAUAUGCUGGGGAAGAAUCGUUGCUAAGUGCUGCCCUAAAUACCUUAGAAAUCCAAACGUUGAAAUAUUCGUUACUACUUAGAUUUAAAAAUAAGUUGUAUACAUGAGGAGUGACUCCAUACCAAUCACGAUAUGUCAAGAAAGAAAAAAAGACCCAAUAGAAAUGUUUCAUUCUGGACAGCUGGUGAAAAUCUGUGCCCCAAUGGUUCGAUAUUCAAAGUUGGCUUUUAGAACACUAGUAAGAAAAUACUCUUGUGAUCUGUGUUAUACACCAAUGAUAGUUGCUGCUGAUUUUGUCAGAUCUGUAAAAGCCAGAGACAGUGAAUUUACCACAAACCAAGGCGAUUGCCCGUUGAUUGUUCAGUUUGCUGCUAAUGAUGCAAGACUUUUAUCUGAUGCUGCCCAAAUCGUCUGCCCCUAUGCAAGUGGAAUAGAUAUUAACUGUGGUUGCCCUCAGAGGUGGGCCAUGGCAGAAGGUUAUGGAGCUUGCUUAAUAAACAAGCCAGAGCUCAUUCAAGAUAUGGUGAAACAAGUAAGAAAUCAAGUGGAAAAUCCUAGAUUUUCAGUUUCAAUUAAAAUAAGGAUCCAUGAUGACCUUAGAAGAACCAUAGAUCUUUGCCAGAAGGCUGAAGCAACAGGAGUGUCCUGGGUUACAGUUCAUGGAAGAACCACUGAAGAAAGACACCAACCUGUCCACUAUGAUGCCAUUAGAAUGAUCAAGGAAAGUGUGUCUAUACCUGUGGUUGCUAACGGAGACAUAAGAAACUUGAAAGAAGCAGAGACUGUGUGGCAGAUGACUGGGGCAGAUGGUGUGAUGGUCGCAAGGGGACUUUUAGCAAACCCAGCUAUGUUUGCUGGCUAUGAAGAAACCCCGCUGAAAUGUAUCUGGGACUGGGUUGACAUUGCUCUUGAACUUGGAACUCCUUUUAUGUGUUUCCAUCAACAUUUAAUAUACAUGAUGGAAAAGAUAACAUCGAGGCAGGAAAAACGAAUAUUUAAUGCCCUGUCGAGCACGUCAGCAGUCCUGGAUUACCUUACGGACAAUUAUGGUAUUUGACUAGACUGUCUAAGUCAUUAUCCUAUAUGUUUUAUCCCACAUGGAACCAUAUGAGGUUACAUUAAGUCUAUGGCUUUUAACUUCAAUACAACAGCAGUCAUUGGGGCCAGACAUGGUGGCACAUGUCUUAAACCAAGCGCUCAGAAAGCUGAAGGAAGAAGAUUGAAAGUUCUAGACUAGCAAAACUCUAUCUCAAAGAAUGAAUGAAAAAUUCCCCAGAAUUUUCAAAACCUGGGGCUGGAGAGAUUGCUCACAGUUAAAACCAAUGGCUGCUCUUUCAGAGUUCCGGGGUCUGAUUCUCAGCUCUCAAGUAGCUGCUCACUGGUGUCUGUAACUCCAGGUCCAGGGGAUCCAACACCUUCUUUGGGCCUCCUCAGGCAACAGCCAAGCAUGUGGUGCACAGACAUGCAGCCAAAACACAAAAUUU